ACCCCUCUAGGAUAAGACAAUAUAGUGGAUCUUGCCUACGUUAUCGCAGUGGCCUUCGUACGAGGUACCUCUUACUUCAUACAAACUUCUUUAGAAAUAGAAGUACCUCUUACCAUAAGACGUCGGCGGCAAUAACCUAAUCGACUGGACCUUCGUUGUAGGUUCAGGGUUGUGAGUUGCGGGUUGCAGUUGCAGUUGCAUUUUCCUGCCCAGUCCAGCAUCACAGGCUCAACAACUUCCAAGCUUGGAAACUUGACAGAAACAACUUUCUACUCCGAAUUCCUCACCACCGAACACCAUUCAAUUAUUUCGACAUCCCGAAAAGCUUCUUCCUUAUCGUCUCCAUACACCCCAAUUCUUCUCAGAUCCACCCCACAGGCUGUUGUUCCAGAGCAGUUAAGCAGACACAUCCCCAUCGUCAUCGAAAAUGUCGAAUACCGAUUUUCUCGGUCGGGCGAUCGAGACGGUGCGACGCGCCAUAGACGCCGACAACGGUAACGAAUACGAAAAAGCAUACCAACUAUAUUACCAGUCCCUCGAGCUAUUUAUGCUUGCCUUAAAAUGGGAAAAGAACCCGAAGUCCAAAGAGAUGAUUCGCCAGAAGACGGGCGAGUACAUGGAUCGCGCCGAAAAGCUGAAGGCUCAUCUCUCCGACGCCGAUGCGAAACGUAAAAAGCCAGGUUUGGUUGGCGCGAACGGUUCGUCGACUGGUGGGACGGGGAAGGGAAAGCAAAACGGCGAAGAGGUCGACGAGGAUAGUAAGAAGCUUCGAAACGCCCUCGCAGGUGCUAUUUUACAAGAUCGACCGAACGUUAAAUGGGAUGACGUCGCCGGACUAGACGGAGCAAAGGAAGCAUUAAAAGAGGCCGUGUUACUGCCCAUUAAGUUCCCGAAUCUAUUUCAGGGGAAGCGCCAACCGUGGAAGGGCAUCUUACUAUACGGACCACCUGGCACGGGUAAGAGUUAUUUGGCAAAGGCUGUAGCUACUGAAGCAAACAGUACCUUCUUUAGCGUGAGCAGUAGUGACUUGGUGAGCAAGUGGAUGGGUGAAAGUGAAAGGUUAGUCAAGCAACUCUUUGCUAUGGCGCGAGAAAAUAAGCCUUCUAUUAUCUUCAUCGAUGAAGUCGACGCUCUCUGUGGCCCGCGAGGGGAAGGAGAAUCGGAAGCUUCACGAAGAAUUAAGACCGAGAUGUUGGUGCAGAUGGACGGUGUUGGAAAAGACUCGACGGGUGUGCUGGUAUUAGGAGCAACCAACAUCCCGUGGCAAUUAGAUGCUGCUAUUCGAAGACGAUUCCAACGAAGAGUACACAUCAGUCUACCGGACGUCGGCGCAAGGACUACCAUGUUCAAGCUUGCUGUGGGAGAAACACCUACUACGUUAAAGAGCGAAGAUUACAGGAAAUUAGCAGCACAGGCAGAGGGUUAUUCGGGAAGUGAUAUCACCAUUGCCGUGCAAGACGCCCUAAUGCAACCAAUACGGAAGAUCCAACAAGCCACACAUUUCAAAGAGGUAGAAAAGGAUGGACAAACGCUUCUGACACCUUGCUCACCUGGCGACCCCGGCGCAAAAGAGAUGACAUGGGACGACGUCGAUUCGGAAAGGUUACUCGAACCCCUAGUCGACUUUAAGGAUUUCGUCAAGGCUAUCAAAUCAUCAAGGCCGACGGUUUCGGGAGAAGAUCUCCAGCGAAAUUCGGAUUGGACGAAGGAGUUUGGAAGCGAAGGAAACUAGAUAGGUACUAGGUAGUUGGCUAAGGGGGAAGAUCACGGAGCGUAACGGCAUUACAAGGCGUUAUGGGCGCGAAACUUUUACCAUCGUCGUUUUGAUCCGCCACUUUCGUGGCUAGAUUAUUUGAGCUCGUUAGCCAUUCCGGAACACAUAUGGUUGGUUGUUUGUACUGCCUAGUAGGCACAGAGCAAUUGAUAACUGUUCAUUCUUCGAUGUGGAAUACGGAGACUCGAAUUCGGUCGUAUUGUACCUCGAUUCGAAUUGACUCUAAGAUUUAUAACUGAUACC